AUGAUGCCUUCUUACCAAGCGAGUGUGUUCCAGUCGAGCCAGCUCGAACAUGGCCGGCGGUUCCAUUUCAGGGACCCCCACAACAGCCAGCCAGGUUGGAUCUGGGGUACCGUGACUCUCCCGGAUACCAUGGGCGUUGGGACCGAUGACAGGGAGAUCAUACUCCAUAUAUGUGAUACCAUCGCAGCGGGCUUGGUUAGUUGGGGCUAUAGAGCGAUGCACGGCUUGGGGAAUUACUCUGUCUCGUUCCCGAUCAAGGUGGAAACACCCGAGCAAAACUUAGAGAGGUUGAUGGCCCUGAUUGAUUAUGCUGCACUGUGGUGGGUGAGUUUCAUCCGCGACGGGAAUGUUUCUAUUGAUAAGCACAUGCUUUUCCGGGCUCGUCAGCCGCCCCCAGAUCGUGAUGACCAGUUGUUGGAGGUGCCUUUGCAUUGGGAUAAGCCGAAGUACACGGUUCUGAAUCCGUGGUCUGCCAUUACUGUGCUGGGGUAG